UGCAUCCUUGAUGGCAGCUCAGGCAUUGUUGGCAUCAGUGAAAAGUGUUGCAAACAAAUCAGACUUGCAUACACCCCAGUGAAUGGACAGCACAUGGAAUCUGCAAACAGAUUGGUCAAUCAACUUCUUGGACACAUCCCAAAAUUAUGCAUCAGCAUCUCUGGUCUCAACCUCUACAUUCAGGCUUUUGUCCUCCCAAAUCUGCCUUUCCACCUGCUCCUUGGUUGCCCAUUCCACAUCCUCACCUCUUGCAUCACUCAGGAUUAUACAGAUGGCAAACAGAAGAUACAGAUAACAUGUCUGAAUUCCCACCAGACAAUCAACUUGUGGACU